CGCGUCUGGCGGGAAUCUGAGGACCCGCGCAGUGUCAACAGAUCGUCAGGAGUUUUAUUCGAGUUUAUUUGACCAAAAAAAGAUUUAUUGUGAUUUACAUCGAUUAUAUUAAGGAGCAGAGAUGCAGGCGUUUCUGAAAGGUUCUUCCUCACAGAGUGUUAAAGCUCAGAAGCCUUCAUCAUCAUCAUCCUCGGGUGGAGAGAAGAAGCAGAGAGCAGUGCCAUGGGUGGAGAAAUACAGGCCCAAGUGUGUAGAUGAAGUGGCGUUUCAGGAGGAGGUGGUGGCGGUGCUGAAGAAGUCUCUGGAAGGAGCAGACCUGCCGAAUCUGCUGUUUUAUGGGCCUCCAGGAACAGGAAAGACGUCCACCAUCCUCGCUGCAGCCAGAGAGCUUUAUGGGCCGGAUCUGUACCGCCAGCGAGUGCUAGAGCUGAAUGCAUCUGAUGAGCGUGGGAUUCAGGUGGUCCGAGAGAAGGUGAAGCGCUUCGCCCAGCUGACGGUGGCUGGCACACGACCAGAUGGUAAGACCUGUCCACCAUUUAAGAUCAUCAUCCUGGACGAGGCGGACUCUAUGACCAGCGCAGCGCAGGCAGCUCUCCGCCGCACCAUGGAGAAGGAGUCACGCACCACACGCUUCUGCCUCAUCUGUAACUAUGUCAGCCGGAUCAUCGAGCCGCUGACCUCCAGGUGCUCAAAGUUCCGCUUCAAACCUUUGGCCAACGACGUCCAGCAGGAGAGAAUACUGGAGAUCUGCAGGAAAGAGAACCUCAAGUACACCACUGAGGUCUGUCUGUACGUGUGUGUGUGUGUGGUGGUUCCUCCUAAAGUGAUCCAGUCGCUCCUCCACAUCUGCUAUAAGGGCACGUUUGAGAAGCUGGAGGUUGCAGUGAAGGACAUGAUUGAUCAGGGAUACGCCGCUACUAAUCUCCUCAACCAGCUACACGACGUCAUCAUCGAGGAGCAGCUGAGCGAUAAGCAGAAGUCCGUCAUCACUGAGAAGAUGGCCGAAGUGGACAAGUGUCUGGCAGACGGAGCAGACGAGUAUCUGCAGCUGCUGAGUCUCUGCUCAGUCAUCAUGCAGCAGGCCACACAGAACACUUGAUUCGCCAAUCAGCUACUCUGACACACUUCUGACGACCAAUCAGCUGCUCUGUCAUCAGCAUUGGUACUGAUUUCACACAAAACUCCCCAAACUUUAGUUUUCAACCUUAUUUUGUACAUUUGAAGUUUGUAAUUAAAAACUGUUUCUCAUA